UUAUUGUCGUGACUUAUUUGAUUAGGUUGUGACAAGCAGCGUACAUUCAUUGCAUAAAGUAGUGUGUAAACGAAAUUACAAACGAAUUUAAUAUUUAUCAUUUUGACACGUUCAUCAAUAAUUUCAUUCAAACGUUGCGUUCGAACUGAUUUGUGUUGUUUGAAAAUUGAAAUGUUGCCUUAACUGAUUUGAUACAGUACCUUGUGAUUUUAAGUGAGAGUACAUGUGAACUUCUGUAUUAAAAUGGAGUAUAAUUAACUUGUGAAUAUUGUUUUCUUGUUUAAAGUGCAUUCAGAGAUCAGAACUAGUUUCGUUCGAAAUCAGUAAACACAAUAAUAAAAAGAUCAAUCACAAACGUGUGUAUGUGUCUGUGUGUGCGUCUAUGUGUUGAAAUAUGUAUCUCAACAUUAACGUAAAUUAAAGGCGUGCGUAAAGAUUGCCUUCGAAGAGAUAGUUCGUUGAAAAUAAAUGGACUUUGUGUCGAAAGUUAAAGAGAAUUGUGUAAACAGCAAAAAUUAUCCACAAAACGUAAAAUGUCCAAUUGUUGACUGUUAUCAAAACCGGUGAAUGUGUAUUCAAAUUUUAUGCAAACUAAAGCAGAUAAAUCCCACAAAUUACGUCAAUAAUCGACGUUAAAAAUAAAUAGAAACUAGUUUAAAUGUGAAUGGCAUUAACCCGUGGCGAAAAUUUGAAAAAAUGAAUGAAUUGCAAAGUCACCAUGUGUUGUGCAAUAAUGGUAUCGGUCCAAAUGAUGAAUUCCUCGAUUUUGCCGACAAUAAUAAUGGAGCGUAUGGUUCAGCGGAAGGUGCUAAGGAAGACCAAGGUGAUAUGUCAUUUUGUAUGAGCAAUUAUGCGAGAGAAACAAUGAAAAUGAUGUUUAUGAUGCGAUCACAUCACAUGCUCACCGACGUUAUAAUCGAAGUACAACAAGAACUCUUCCAUGCUCAUAAAGUUGUGUUAUCAGCUGCCUCGCCAUAUUUUAAAGCAAUGUUUACGGGCGGUUUAAAGGAAUCGGAAAUGUCACGUAUUAAACUGCAAGGUGUUUGCCCCACAGCAAUGAAUCGUAUUUUAUAUUUUAUGUAUUCGGGUCAUAUACGCGUCACUGAAUUGACAGUUUGUACUUUAUUGCCGGCGGCAACAAUGUUUCAAGUGUCCAACGUGAUUGAUGCAUGUUGUGCAUUUCUUGAGCGACAAUUGGAUCCAACAAAUGCGAUUGGUAUUGCCAACUUUGCCGAACAGCACGGUUGCACGACACUCAAACAACGAGCAAAUCAGUUCAUCGAACGACACUUUACACAGAUUUCACAAGAAGAGGAAUUUCUUCAGUUAUCUGCAAUACAAUUGAUUCAGUUGAUUCGAAAGGAUGAACUAAAUGUGCAGGAAGAGCGUGAAGUGUAUAAUGCCGUGUUAAAAUGGGUGAAAUACGAUGAGGACACACGAUAUCCAAAAAUGGAGCAUAUUUUAUAUGCAGUUCGAUGUCAAUUUUUAACGCCAAAUUUUCUAAAAGAACAAAUGCGUAAUUGUGAUGUAUUAAAAAAAGUGCCCGCAUGCCGUGAAUAUUUGGCACGAAUAUUCAAAGAUUUAACGCUGCACAAGAGAACCGUUGUACGUGAACGAACGCCGAACACAACUCGCAUGAUAUUUGUGGCGGGCGGUUAUUUUCGUCAUUCUUUGGAUAUUUUGGAGGCUUUUAACGUGGACGAUAAGACAUGGACCACUCUGCCACGUUUACGUGUGCCGCGAUCUGGUUUGGGUGCGGCAUUUUUAAAGGGAACAUUUUAUGCGGUUGGAGGAAGAAAUAAUUCACCAGGUGCCUCAUAUGAUUCAGAUUGGGUCGAUAAAUAUAAUUCAAUUACGGAACAAUGGCGCCCUUGCAGUCCUAUGUCAGUGCCCAGAAAUCGAGUGGGUGUUGCUGUAAUGGAUGAACUCUUAUACGCAGUCGGCGGAUCAGCCGGUUCUGAAUAUCACAAUUCUGUUGAAUACUACGACCCCGAUGAAGAUCGUUGGACAAUAGUUCAGCCAAUGCAUUCGAAACGACUUGGAGUUGGCGUAGCUGUUGUUAAUCGCUUACUGUAUGCUUGUGGUGGAUUCGAUGGAGACGAGAGACUUGCUUCGAUUGAAUGUUAUCAUCCGGAGAAUAAUGCGUGGACAAUUUUACCACCAAUGAAAACAGGACGAUCAGGUGCCGGUGUUGCUGCGUUGAAGCAGUACAUCUAUGUGGUUGGCGGUUUCGACGGGACAAGACAAUUGGCAAGUGUCGAACGAUACGAUACAGAAAAUCAAGUAUGGGACUCAGUGGCACCAAUAAAAAUAGCUCGAAGUGCCUUAUCUCUGACAGUUCUCGAUGGGAAAUUGUUCGCAAUGGGCGGUUUCGAUGGGCAUUCGUUUUUAAGCAUUGUCGAAUUUUAUGACCCGAUUCAAAAUAAAUGGGAGGAAAGUACAUCUUUAACGAGUGGCCGCUCGGGACAUGCGUCGGCCGUAAUUUAUCAACCAUCUUGUGCGAACCAAUACAUGGACGGUGUUGAGGAUCAGCUUCCUCGAAACAGAAAAUCGCCAGACGAUGAAGAUAGCAAACCGGGACCAUCAAAUCCGGGCAAUUACCAACCGUCGCAAUCAUCGUCUGGUUCUUCCAAUCAAUUGCACGCAUUCUCAGGGAAUCGAUGCACCCACUGCGAUGACAUCAAACCGGAUACAAAACAGGCACCUAUCGAACGAAAAGACAGCCUUUGCACCGAAGUAAAAAAUGAACGAAAGUGUCGCGAUGCAAUUUAUCGUCUAUUACACGUUGAUCAAAAGAAGGAAAGUCAAGAAGAACAAUGUAAUAAAUAUAAAAGAGGCAACAGUGUUAUAACGAAUAUAAAAAUGAACACUUCUAGCGACGACGAAACAGAUAGUUCCAUUAAAAUUGAUAAUCCGAAAAAAUUUCGGCGAAAAUUAUUAGAGCCGGGUGACAGUGAGAUGAGCAUCGAAGAAAAUUCAAAGGAUCUUGUUCAAAAGCAACUGAAUAUAAAGCAAACAGAGACCGCUCAAUGUUCAUUAAGUAAAUUCAAGUGCAAAGUUCGUCAAAAUUUAAGUGAUUAUGUAUUUUGGUCACAUAAUAACCGGCCAUCAAUAGCACCAUUGCCAAAAAUCAUUCCUCAGGAUUCAAGUAGUAAUAAUAGAAAUAAUUUAUCAUCGAACAAGUCGACGGAGGUGCGAAAAUGUGAUUUACUGAAAAAAUAUUAUAAAUGCAAAAUGAAAUAUUGCAGCAAUUCCAAAUAAUUCCGUAUUUUAGGUAGUUAGUUCAUUCAAAU